CUCCGGUUCUGCGCUCACUGCUCUGGAUUUCACGCUGGGAUCCGGAUUCUCUCUCCUCCCAGGGAGGCCGUGGUGAACCGGGUCUUCGAUAAGCUGGCCCCGCUGCACGAGCGGAUUUACUGCGCUCUCUCCGGCUCCGCCGCCGACGCCCAGGCCGUCGCGGACAUGGUGCAUUACCAGCUGGAGCUGCACAGCCUGGACAUGGACGAGGCCCCGCUGGUCCUGGCGGCCGCCAGCCUGGUGAAAGGCGUCAGCUACAAGUACAAGGAGGAGCUGUCGGCGCAUCUCAUGGUGGCGGGAUGGGACCGGAAGAAAGGGGGGCAGGUGUACGGGACGCUGGGGGGGAUGCUCACCCGCCACCCCUUCGCCAUCGGCGGCUCCGGCAGCAGCUACAUUUACGGUUACGUGGAUGCAGCCUAUAAACCCGGCAUGACUCCAGAGGAGUGUCGCCAGUUCACCAAGAACGCCAUUGCCCUGGCGAUGAGCUGGGAUGGCUCCAGCGGGGGGGUGAUUUAUCUCGUCACCAUCACCAAGUCGGACGCUGUGGAGCAGGUGUUCCUGGGGGACGAGAUCCCCAAGUUCUACGACGAAUGAGUUCCGGGCCGGCCCCUCUUUUAUACCCAAUAAACCUCUCCAAGCGCAG